AUAUCAUCCCAAAUUUUCACUUCUUUAGCAAAUCAUGAAGCUGUCCAUGGACACUAAUCUUAAAAAAGUGGCUGCUAGUGGUCAGUGGUACUAUGACCAACAGCAGGGAACUUUCCAAGUGCUGCAGGAUUUUAAAGCGGGCGUACAAUACCAGAUCACCAAUGGUGGACCAUGUGUUAAGAGCAAGCUGACACAACUGUGGAUGGGCUGCAUGCCUAAGACUUCCAAAUUCAUGGGCAGUGCUGUAGUGGGACUUGGCGACGAUAGCAUUAAAGUCAACAACUGGGCCAUCUUCAUGAACUCCAGCUCUGUCAUGGGGACGUCUUACGCACAAGUCACUGCCAAAGACUGUGUUCCCAUUGGCAGCUCAUUACAAGGAUCAGCUAAAGGAGUUGGCAUGAUGUCGGCACAAGGAGUGACUAAUGUUUCAGCAGGAAUCAAGGACCCCAGUGUCUUUUCCUUGCCUGCAAGCUGCCAGAAAGCAAAGGAGGCAGAUGAGAAGGACAAGGACAGCAGCAUGGACAUCCGUCUGUUCUAAAAUGUGUGAUGGUAUGUUAACAUUUCUAAGGAUCAUGGAGCACUUCACUUCUAACACAGAAUUAUCCGAGGACUGGCCAUCAAACACACGGCUGCAUUUUUCUGAUAACUUUGCCAAAAUCUUAAGAAUUAUUGCUGCAUAGUUGAUGUAUACCAGUACCUAUUUCUUUUUCAGAUUAUGCACAGUUUUGUUGUUCAUUUUUUAAAAAUUGCAUUCCCAAUUUUUUUACAAUAUGUACAUGUACAUUGAAUGUCUAACUUUAUGGCAUUUGAUAGAUUUUAAUUUUUUUUAACAGUUUCUAAUGUUAUAAAAUACUUCAAAAUUGGUUGUGAAUGUCAAAUCUAAUAGUUGGGUGAUUUACCAGCACAUAGACAAGGAAGUUGACUAAAAAGGAAUGUAGAAUUAACUGCCACAUUGAUAAAUAAACAGACCGAGUGUUUUAAGUUUUUAUGUUUUUUUAGCUUAUUGCUACUAGUACUUAGAUAUUUAUGUUGAUGUAUAUUCAAGAUUUGUAUACAAAGGGUAACUAUGUAAGUUUUUGUAAAAACUAUAGGAAAAUAUUGCUCUAUAAGAUUUAGUAAAGUGUUUGUGAUGAGAAUCUGGUAUUAAAUACCGUCAUGGUUAGAUUCAGUGACAGGUCAACAACAUCUUCAGCUGUGAUGAGAGAGAAACAAAGUUCUGUUGUUUCUUUAAGAAUUGUUCUAAAGUACUGUAAGUGAUUAUCAUGAUAAGUCUAAUACUUUACUACACCUAGGACCUGGAGAAUUAUAGUCACUUAAUUGCAUGACUAAUGAAAUAGGUUGUUGACAUGUUUCCACUUCAAUCAUUCCUGCUUUCUUUUUACAAAGCCAGAAUGUACCAGAGUCCCAUCUCUCCAAAUAUUUUUAAUAAUAAAACUUUAAUUUUAUCAAUUCA